AUGGCCUUGCACUUGACAUGGGUUUUUGGUUUUGGUCUUUUAGGCAACUUCAUCUCUUGUUUGGUCUGCCUUGCUCCUCUGCCAACAUUUUAUCGAAUUUGCAAGAAGAAGACCAGCCAAGGGUUCCACUCUAUCCCUUAUGUGAUUGCACUAUUUAGUGCCAUGCUUUGGCUAUUCUAUGCACUUUUCAAGGAGGAUGCCCUCCUUCUAAUCACCAUCAAUUCUUUCACCUUUUUCAUGGAGAUAGGCUACAUUUUUAUGUACCUUCUCUAUGCCACGAAGAAGGAUAAAUUAAGUACUUUCAAACUUCUCCUAUUGUUCAAUGUUUUCGGGUUCGGUCUCAUCUGUGUACUGACUCGCUUCCUAACACAACGCCAAAAACGCGUCCAAGUUCUUGGAUGGAUUUGCAUGACAUUUUCUCUAUGCGUUUUUGUUGCACCACUUUUCAUUGUGAGAAAAGUUAUAAAAACAAAGAGCGUGGAGUUCAUGCCUUUUUCUUUAUCAUUCUUCCUCACUUUGAGCGCUGUCAUGUGGUUCUUCUAUGGCUUUCUAAAGAAAGACCAGUUUGUUGCUGUUCCAAACAUACUGGGGCUUCUCUUUGGUAUUCUCCAGAUGGUGCUUUAUAUGAUCUAUAGGAACUCCAAGAAAGUUGUGGUGGUGGAGCCUAAACUUCAAUUAGACACAUCUGAACAUGUUGUGGACCUUGAAAAGUUGGGUGCAGCAAUCUGCUCCGAGAUAGCUAUAGGGAUUCCAAAGCUGAAUGAUGGUGGAGAAGGAAUUAUUGAAGAUCAAAAUGCCAAGGAAAAGACCAAGAAAAUCAUGAAAGCCAUGGAUGUCACCAACAAACUUUAGCAGCUGCA